GAUGUCACGGUUGUGGCGGAACCUGCGGAACUCCCCUCCCUAUGAUGUCAAGCAAAACCAGCGAACCACGAUUGCACAGCAGGUUUAAGUUCUACCGCUUCUUCCAUCAUUCGCAGAAUCAUACCAGUCUUAACAUGGCCGCGGAGUCUGUGAUGAAGCGUAAGCGGGUAAGCCAAGCUUGUGAAAAAUGCAGGGCGAUGAAAGCAAAGUGCGAUGGUAAACGACCUGAGUGUUCGCGUUGUUUAGGUUAUGGUUUUGAUUGCUUUUACUCACAACCUCAUCGCCUGCGCUCGCAGGUAUCGAGUCCCGUACCUCUAGCCCAAAAACCAAACUAUAAUCCCAACCUACAGCUAAAUGAUGGCCUGAUAGCAUUUGAUACCUUUAUACAGACGCUGCGCACGUCGGUUCCUGAAUUUGCAGUGAAAUUGAAAGGCGAUGCGGACUUGAUGAAGAGCAUGGAGCAUGCAAGGAACGUAUUCCUUGAUUUUCCCAACACGUUCUCCCAAAAAGGAGGCAAAUUGUGUUCGCUACGUCCCUCUCUUAAUUCUGGUCGAUAUCUUGGAGACUCUAGCGACAUAAGAUUCGUUCACAUGUUGAGGAGCAAGCUUGUUUCACCGGACCCUUCAAACGUAGACGAAGAUGGAAUGGAAACAUAUGAUCAGGAAGAUCCGGUUCCAAAGCUUAGUAUUAGAGAAGUUUCCAUUGACCUUCCUUCCGAGGAUCUAGCCAGGAAGUAUCUCGAUGUUUACUUUACUACCAUACACAUCGCGUAUCCAUUUAUCCCAAAGUCAAAAUUUCUCCAAACCUACCAGAAGCUAGGCAGUGGGAUUGCCGAUGGAGAAGUGGGCAUGUCUUGGUUGGCAUUACUUUACAUCGUCUUUGCUAUCGGUUCCUAUUAUACAACAUUUCCAAAGACAGUCACAAGCAGCGGUUCAUCGCACAUUGAAUACUAUCAACGUGCGCUUUCGUUGUCUUCUCCGUGCGCAUAUGAAAGAUCGCUGACACAUGUGUCAUUCCUGCUGGCGCAAUGCUUCUACCUGCUUAUGACAAGUAAGGCUGAUGAAUGCUGGACUACGCUGGGUAUUGCGGUACGCAUUUCGCAAAGUAUUGGGUUACAUACAGAGGAAGGCAAUUGCGAGAUUACAAGCGGUAACCUCGCGCCUCGAGAUGAAAGGAAGAGAAGACUAUGGUAUUCGUUGUACGUUCUUGACCGACUCAUCGCUUUGCAGCUAGGUAGACCUCCAGCAAUCCAUGACGAGGAUUGUCGUGUACGGCUUCCAUCCAGAAUAGAUGAUGCCUCGAUAGAUUGGACUGCUGAGAAAAUCUCAGCAAUUGCUACCGAUAGCCCAUCCCUUGGAGACUACUUCCUAUGCGUAAUUCGAUUUUCAAAAGUACUCGGACACGUUCUUAGAGACUUAUAUGGCGCCAAGAAAAGCACGAAAGACAAGCUUGUUAGAACGGAACAGCUGGAUAGUCAGCUUUUAGAGUGGAAAAGAACAUUACCGCGAGUGUUGAGAUUCGAUAUUGGCCAUCCAUUUGAAAAAUCACUACUCUUCAGAAAGCAGCGGAACAUGCUCGCGAUCAAAUAUCACCAUCUUCGGGCACUCAUCUACCGGCCAUUUUUGCGUCUCAAUUUUCUAAUUGGAGAGGGAUUGGAGGCUACAGAAGCACUUAGUCCUGGCCAACAACUCGAAGUGAAGCGCAAUGAGCGUGUCUGCAUAGCUGAGGCACAAGAAACAGCGCAUCUGUUACACAACAUUCCAGAUGAAAAGAGUCUGGUCCACGACUUCCCUUGGUGGCAAAUGAUUUCAUGCCUCUUUUGUGCAAGUUCAAUAUUGCUAGUUGCGACCGUUUUUGCGUUAACCCCUAGCACUGAUCUCGAAACUGAAGAGCUCAAUCUCCUUCAUGAAGAUGCCAAGACUUGCAUCAAAGCAUUCGAAGUUCUAGCAACAAAUUCAAAUGGCGCUCGAAUUGCCAUGAAAAUGCUGCAGAGGUUCAAUGACUUCAGGCCCGCAACAGAAAAUAACCUCGAGCAAGUAAGAAAGCAGAGUAUUCUUGUCGCAGAGUCUGGAACCGAUUGCCUGUUAUUUUCGCAACCAGAGCCAGUAGCAGUCAUGCCUGAUGAAUAUCAUUUAGGACUAUCAGACACGAGUUUUUUUAACAGCAAUGACUCCAAUUUUCAUACUCCUCAAGCAUGGCCACCGGAACUGUGGGAUGCGAUGACAUGGUCUGUUCAGUUUUUCGAUACAAGCCAUGAAACAUCCGCUCCCACGUAAGCGUGUAAUGCUUCGCCGCGUCCGCCAAAUCAGAACUAUCUUAGGGAGCCAGAAAGAGUGAUUUCUUGGGACUUUUCGCUUUUCGAUGGCCGUACAUAGUGUGCAUUGCCUUUUUAUCCAGUUCCUUUCGAGUUAUUACUGGCUCAAGAAAUAUAGAUGAGUUUUGAGUGAUAAUAGCUCAAUCAAUAGAACAUGGAAUUUUUUUUGCUACAUAA